AUGAACAGCGCCGCGGCGGCGUGCAGGGGCCUCCCCGCGCGUCGCUCGCUCAGGACCGGCAUGGCUGCGGUGUCGGGAUGUCCUCUCCCGCGAGGUCGCGCCGGUCCGCGCCGGUCCGCCGCGGGGCAGCGCCGGUCGGGCGGGUGCGCGCGGCUGCGCGUGGAGGCGCUCGACGCCGCGAUGCCGUUCGACUACGAGUCCAAGAUGAAGGAGCGGAUGUGGAAGGAGAAGCAGCUCAAGGUGGGCAUCGUCGGGUUCGGCAACUUCGGCCAGUUCAUCGCGAAGCGCCUCAUCACGCACGGACACCGCGUCAUCGCCACCUCGCGCGGAGACUACACCGACGCGGCGACGCAGAUCGGCGCGUCCUUCUUCGGCGACCCGGACGACUUCUGCGAGGAGCACCCGGACGUGGUCAUCCUGUGCUCGUCGAUCAUCAGCACCAAGGCGGUCGUCGAGUCGCUCCCGUGGGCGCGCCUGCGGCGCAGCACCCUCGUGGUGGACGUGCUGUCCGUGAAGGAGUUCCCGAAGCAGCUCUUCCUCCACGCGCUCCCGCGGCACUUCGACCUGCUGUGCACGCACCCCAUGUUCGGCCCGGACUCGGGGCGCGACUCGUGGCAGGGGCUCACGUUCAUGUACGAGCGCGUGCGCGUGGGGCCCGACCGGCGGCGGAAGGAGCGGUGCGACGCGUUCCUGCAGUUCUGGGAGGGCGAGGGGUGCCGGAUGGUGGAGAUGACGUGCGAGGAGCACGACCGGCAGGCGGCGUCGUCGCAGUUCAUCACGCACACCGUCGGGCGCAUGCUCGGGCAGAUGGAGCUGGCGCCGACGGACAUCAACACGCGCGGGUUCGAGAGCCUCCUGUCGCUGGUGAACAACACCAAGAACGACUCGUUCGACCUGUACUACGGCCUCUUCAUGUACAACCAGAACGCCACCGAGGAGCUCGAGAAGCUCGAGAUGGCCUUCGACAGCGUCAAGCGGCGGCUCUUCGACGAGCUGCACGGCGUGCUGCGGCAGCAGCUCUUCUCGACGGAGAAGGGGUCCAUCGGGCUCGCGGACGGCGGGCUGCGCGCGCCGCCGCCCACGCAGGGGUACCCCAUGGCGCCGCAGAGCCUGCCGCCGCCGGCGGGGGACGCGGGCGGCGCGGUGGUGGACGUGGACGCCGUGGACGCCGCGCAGGACCACGCGGGGCGCCGGACGGGCCGGCGGCGCUGA